AUGUGUAGACUAACCUCUGAUUGGGCUAAUAAAGUUCCGCAGGCGAAAUUUGUGGAAAUUAAUAAUGAUUCUCGUCCAUUAACGACCAGGGAUACAGUACUCCCCAAACAAGAACAUUAUGCUGAAGAAGACAAUAAAGGAUCCAACAGAAGAAAUAGUGUAACACGAACGAAAACAAAGGAACUUGUAAAAGCUUUUAUUAUUGUAUGUAUCAUCCUGAUAAUAAUUGCCGCCGCUAUGUCAACAUUCGUAAUUAUCAACGGAAAAACAAAUAAACAAGAAGAUAAAACUGGAGCACCAAAUCGUCAAACUUUAUCAGUUCCGAGAGUGGGAGCUAGCACACCAUUUCAAGCUCAUAUGAAAGGAGCUGAUCAACAGCUCACAUGA